AUGCCUCACCACAAGAUUGCCCGCGAGAGGAAGCUGCCGGUACAGCAGCUGUCCAUCCUUGCAAUAUGCCGCUUCGCCGAGCCAAUUUCCGCAACUUCCAUCUUUCCCUACCUGCCUGAAAUGGUCCAAAGCUUCAACGUGCCGGAAAAUGAAAUCGGCAAAUGGGCAGGUCUCUGCAGCGGCGUCUUCAGCGCUUCGCAGGCCGUGUUUGGCGUGCCGUGGGGACGCUUCUCCGAUAAACAUGGCCGGAAGAUUGCCAUCUUACUAGGACUCACCACCGCCAUGCUCACCACAUUACUGUGGGGAUUUUCGACCAAUCUGGCCAUGGCUAUCACUGCUCGAGCCAUUGCCGGCGCCGGAAACGGGAAUGUAGGCAUUAUCAGAACUACCGUUGCUGAGAUGGUGCCCUUCAAGGAACUCCAACCGCGGGCCUUCUCGCUGAUGCCGCUUGUGUGGAAUCUUGGGUCUGUCAUUGGACCAUCAUUAGGCGGCGUCCUGGCGAACGUCUAUAAUGUGCGCCCUGGAGAGCAUAUUGAGAACCCGAAUCUGCUGCAGCGAUUUCCUUACGCCCUUCCGAACAUCGUGGCUGCCGCUUUCUACACCGUUGGCAUCACUACAGGCGUCUUAUUCUUGAGAGAGACGCUCUCGACACGCCAAGAUCAACGGGACUAUGGCUUGAUUCUGGGCCAGAAGUUGAGCAAAGGUACACGGUCUCUUUUCCGAAGAGCCAUGAACCCCUUCCGCAGCAAAUCAAAGCUGCCUUCAGAAGACAUCCAAGAACGGAGACCGCUGCUGGAUCCCGCGCAAGAUGACGAAGCACUCAUCUUGAAGUCGAAAAAGCCCGCUCUCCCACCACCGUCCUACCGUGAAGUGCUCAACAAGCAGGCCAUCCUCAACCUCAUCGUUUAUACCUUUAUUGCUCUACAUACCAUGGGCUACGAUCAGCUAUUGCCCGUCUUUAUGCAUUAUCCAUCCCAUCAGGCUCAGGAACGCACCACCAGUGACGGCAAUCCCCUCAAAUUCGCCAGCGGGCUCGGCCUCGAUCACUUCCGCAUCGGCCUGAUCAGCACCACUUACGGUAUCUGUGGCAUGGUCGCUCAAUUCUUGUUCUUCCCGCCAGCUGCGCGACGCUUUGGAGUGUUGAACUGUCUCAAGGCGUGUGCGAUUGUCUUCCCGAUUGCCUACUUCAUCACUCCAUUCGCAGCUUUACUCCCGACCACGAAUACCCAGAUUGCAGGCAUGUUCGCAAUCAUGCUGCUGAAGUGCUUUGCAUCCAUCUUCGCCUUUCCGAGCUCGACGAUCUUGUUGACGAACAGCGCGAGUAGCCUGCGAGUUCUGGGUACCCUGAAUGGAGUUGCAACAUCUGUCAGUGCGAUCGGGAGGGCCUGCGGACCUUUGCUCGGCGGCAACGUUUUUUCCGCCGGCGUGAAAAUGGGUUAUGUUAUAGCACCGUGGUGGAUGUUUAGCGCGAUUGCAGUCGUUGCGGCGAUACCCGUCUGGUGGCUUGUCGAAGGCGAGGGCUUCGGGGGAGACGAUGAUGGCCAUGUGAGUGAUGAGGAAGAGGAGGAAGAGGAGGCUAUCAUAGACGCAGCCGGUGUCGAAGGAGCGGCAGAAGCGGCAGGUAAGGCUGGCCCGAUCCUCAUGCCGACAGAACAGCAAGCGAACGAUCCGCGAGCUGCUGGAACACUACCGUCCAUCUCGCGCACAACAACCGUGUCUUCCGUGCUGUCGCUCGGCAGUGCGUUAUCACCAAUGGAGGGCGAGAAUGACGACGAAAUGCCGGAAGUGGGCUCUACUACACCUACCGGCCCAUCGGGGCUGCUGUCUAGUCGGAGAACUCCCAUCAAGAGGAAAAUGUCUUUCCCCGUUGGCACAGGUCGGGAGGGCAUUAGUCGGAGACUCAGCUCGAAUCUUGGCCAGAGUCUGGGGAGUGCGGGCAGUUACCACGGGCACUAA